UGUGGGGGGAGGGGCCGGUGCGGAGGUCGGGCUGACACAUCAGCGACCGUUGGAGGACGGGGCGAUGGAAGGUACCGGCAGAAGCGCCAAAGCGGCCGUUCCCCACCCGCUGUCGAAGGAUGUGUUGGGUUUUGAGGAAGACGAUGACGACGAUGACUUGGAGGUGUUCAGCAAGGAUGCUAGCUUCACUGAUGCCAGUUCGUUCAGUAUCUCCAUGCAGACUUCUCCAUCUUCUAUGAUUAAUCAGCAUACUUUGGAUGAUGAACCUGACAGCAAAGAUAUUUUUGUCACGGUUGACGACCCAGCAAAUCAUGUUACAACACUUGAAACAUUUGUCACUUACAGAAUUAUUACAAAGACAACUCGAAGUGAGUUUGACUCCUGUGAGUAUGAGGUUCGUAGACGUUACCAAGAUUUCUUGUGGCUAAAGGACAAACUUGAAGAAGCACAUGCUACUUUAAUUGUUCCUCCAUUGCCAGAGAAGUUUGUAAUGAGAGGUAUGGUGGAACGCUUCAAUGAAGAUUUUGUAGCAACGCGACAGAAGGCACUACAUAAAUUUUUAAACAGAAUUGCUGACCACCCCACUCUGUCUUUUAAUGAAAAUUUCAAAAUAUUUCUAACAGUACAGGAUUUAGCAUCUCACAAGAAACUUGGUCCAGGAUUCAUCAGUAAAAUGGGAGAAACAGUCAAGGCUGUUGCUAAUACAGUCAGAAGUAUUAAGAAUCGACCUGAUGAAUUCACAGCAAAGAGUGACUAUGUGGAUGUUUUCCGUCAGAAAAUGGGAACUUUGGAUAAAAUAAGCCAAAGAAUUUUAAAGGAACUGAAAGAGCACUUGACUGAGAUGAAGGAAUACGGUCCCAUUUAUACUCUGUGGUCAGAAUCUGAACAGGAUUUGGCUGAACCUUUGAAAGGAGUAGCUAGUUCUAUUGAAAACUGCUGCAAGGCUAUUGAAGGACUUACAAUAGGCCUCUCGGAGGAUUUGCUUCCUGCUUUACAUGAAUAUGUUCUAUGUGCAGAAACUCUAAAGUCAGUCCUGAAAAGAAGAGACUUAAUUCAGGCAAAUUAUGAAUCGCAGGUCGAUGCUUUAACUAAUAAAAAAGCUGAUCGAGAAAUGCUGGAGCACUCUGACCUAAGUUUUACGUUCGGUGCAUUCUUGGGUAAAAACGCUGAGGAAAUGAAGCUACAGAAACAGCAGAAGAUUGAUCGUGAAAUUGAGGAGCUUCAGGCCGAUAUUGGACACCUUGAGGAUAAAGUUGAAUGUGCCAAUAGCGAUUUGAAAGCGGACUGGGAAAGAUGGUCUAUCAACAUGCGGAAUGAUUUGCAAUCUGCUUUCCGAAAUGCAGCUGAAAAUAAUAUUCUUUAUUUUGAAAGGUGUUUAGCUACAUGGGAGUCUUUCUUGGCUUCUCAACAGAUUGAAACGAAAGUGGACAAGAAUGUGAAAGAAAGUGCAUAAUAACAUAUCUGAAAUUUGGCUGAACUGCUGCAUUUAGGUUUUACUGUUCUCUGGCUAAAGAAUUGUUUGUGUUUAUUAAAGAAGAAUGCUGGACUCUGUUUUAUAAUUUUUGAAGGAACAUUUACCCUGUUUGCAUUUUUUGUUAUUUUAAUGAUUUGAACAUUCUACAAUCCAAAGAAUAAGCAGGCCAAUGGAAUUAUCCAAUUUUAAACCUCAGGUAAUGCUUAGUUGAUGACUUUGCAAAAUCAACUAUCAAUGCACAUGAAUGUUUCAGAAAUAAACACUUAUCACAAAAUGAAAGAGUGUUUACUUAAAUGAAUUUAACUGCCUUAAUUAAAUUGUCUUGAUAGAAAAAACACAAUUUCUAGACAGUUUUAUAAAAUUCUUUUUCUCCCCCAUCUUAUCCCUAGUUGGGGAAUUUUGUUGGAAAGUUUGGGUGCCAAUAGUAUAGCAUUACAUCAGUGCAGCAAAUGCCACAUGUUAUCUGAUCAUUUUGUCUUGCCUAGAGGUUGUUUAUUCUUCACUACUUUGGAUUUAUUGAUCUUAAUUUCUUUAACUUGAAAACAUGUUUUAGAAUGAAGUUGGGCUAUGGCAGUAACCUGAAACACACAUUAACCAAUACAACUAAUUGUGUAAAUGCAGCAUGCUUUAGGGAACAUAGACACAGGAUAUUGGGUUGAUCAUUUAAGACUGAAAUGGCAAGGAAGUUCUUCCCCUGGGUAAAUGAGUAUCUUUAGAAUUCUGUACUACAGAAGACUGUGAAUGCCAGUCAAUUUGCAUAUUUAAAGUUGAGACAGAAUUUUGGACUCAAAAGUAAUCGGGUAGGAAGAUGAAAUGGAGGCUGAAGAUAAGCCAUUCAUUUUUUGAAUGGCAGAACAAGUUCAAAGUGCUGUUUAGGCUGCUAUUUCUUCUGUUCUUAUGUAUACUUUUCACCCCCCUUUAUUUUCCAUUGACCUGACCGCCAUUUUGUAUUAUUGCCAAAGACCAAUUCCUUCAAUAUGCCACUCUACUCAACUUAUUAAUAGUAGUGGAGUGCAUUGCCUUGUAUCUAUGAGCUGUAGUCCAAUUUGUGUAAAGUCUCUAAUAGUUUGAAUUAUUAUACAUUCGUUUAUGCAAAUAUUUUUUAAAACUAAAUAUCUGGGUUCUUCAAGGAAAUUGUACUGUAUGUUAUCCUUAUCUUUUUCUCAUGACAGCUUGUGCCUUUUUGAGAAUAAUAGAAAGCAUUUAUUUGAUAAAAAUUUUCACUUUUCACUUCAUCCUCAAUAGCUAAGCCACUGACGAUAGAAAUGUGGUUUUAGACUUUUAAAGAACAUUGCAGUGCAUCAUGAAAAAACUGGACUUUAUUAUGCAUUCAUAUGCAGUGUCUCUUCGACCAAGCUCUCUGAAAAACAUUUUGGCCUGUAAUUUCUAAGAGCAUUUUACCAUGCAUUGGGUAGAACAAAAUGUAGCACACAAUUUAAGUGGCAUACUGGACCAAAUAAGAACCAAAAUUGAAUGGUUUUAUCUUUUUUAAUAUUGAAAAUAGACCUUUUUUGAAGUUUUCAAAUUAUUUUUCAACAAAAUUAGCUUUGAUCUCAAGUUUAAGUAUGAUAUUUUUAAAUGCUUUUUGAAAUAAAGUAAACUAUUUCAAAGUAUUAAAUCUAAACUUAUAAAAUCAGAUUUGGUAUUUUAUUGAGUGACCAGUAAAUGAAAGUUCUUCAUUGAAGUAGAAUUGUGAAACCAUUAGUUAUAUGUAAUGUAUAAACUUGUUUUCUUCCAAGUACAAUUAAAUAGCUGCAUAAAUAUUAGGGUUAGGUUGAAACACUUUCCAGAUUAGUAUUACGCAUGACUCAAUUUAACUGUAUUUAUCUUAAUGUAUUGGAACCUAUCAAAUGCAUUUUUGAAAAUGUAGAGGCAAUGUAUGAAAAUGUGAUUUCUAUUGUGGAGAAGUAAUAAAUGGAAAAUAAAAGUCAAUAACAAUUGA